AUGCCCGACAUGGGGUCGGCAGCGACUGGCGCUGCAGCCGCGGCGGCCGCCAGUGGCGCGGCCACCGGCGGCGACGGCGCCGAGAGCUCCCGUCACCGACACCGAGCCCAGCAGGGAGAAGCGGAGAGGCCGGAGCCGGGCGCUGCCCCGUCACAAGGCUCCUCUGGUGUACUGGAUAAGCUGUUUGGAAAGCGGCUGCUGCAGGCUGGGAGACACAUCAUGUCUCAUAAGUCUUGGAUGAAAACGGUGCCCACGGAGAACUGUGAUGUCCUCAUGACAUUUGCAGACACUACAGAUGAUCACACGUUGCUAUGGCUACUGAACCACAUCCGGCUGGGAAUCCCAGAACUCAUCAUCCAAAUACGACAUCACAAGCACACACGAGUCUACGCUUUCUUCGUCACCGCUACAUAUGAAAAUUUGUUGCGAGGUGCUGAGGAGAUGGGACUGAGGAAAGGGGUGAAGCCUGAGUUUGGCGGAGGAACGCGGAACUUCUCCUGUGAGGAGGAUUACAUCUACGAGAACAUCGAGAGCGAGCUGUGUUUCUUUACUUCACAGGAGAGGCAGAGCAUCAUUAAGUACUGGCUGGACAAUUUGCGGGCCAAACAUGGGGAGGUGCUUCAUAAUAUCAACUUCCUGGAGGGCCAGCCAAUUAUCCCAGAGCUGAGUGCACGAGGUGUGAUCCAGCAGGUAUUUCCUCUCCAUGAGCAGAGGAUCCUCAGUCAGCUGAUGAAGUCCUGGGUCCAGGCUGUCUGUGAGAAACAGCCUUUAGAUGAUAUCUGUGACUACUUUGGUGUGAAGAUUGCCAUGUAUUUUGCCUGGCUGGGAUUUUACACCACUUCUAUGUUAUACCCUGCUGUGAUCGGCUUUGUGCUGUGGAUGCUCACUGAGUCAGAUCAGACAAGCCGUGACAUCUGCUGUGUGGUGUUUGCACUGUUCAACGUGGUGUGGGCCACUCUGUUUCUGGAGCGGUGGAAGAGGAGGGGGGCUGAGCUGGCAUUCAAGUGGGGAACAUUGGAUACGCCAUCUGAAUCCCUGGAGGAACCACGGCCUCAGUUCCGGGGAGUGAAGCGCUGCAGUCCCAUAACAGGUUGUGAGGAGUUCCACUAUCCUCCGUGGCGGCGGCGUGUAUUCAGGUGGCUGGUCAGCCUGCCCAUCUGUACCCUGUGUCUCUGCUUUGUCUUCCUGGUCAUGCUCAUCUGCUUUGAGUUGCAGGAGUUUGUGAUGGGGAUCAAGGAAAUGCCUCGGCUAGCUCGCUUCAUCCCCAAAAUCAUGCUAGCUAUCACUGUGACUGCAUGUGACGAGGUGUACAGGAAAAUCGCCUGCUGGCUCAACGACAUGGAAAACUAUAGACUCCAGAGUGCCUAUGAGAAAAAUCUCAUCAUCAAAAUGGUUCUUUUUCAGUUUGUAAAUUCUUAUCUCAGCCUUUUUUACAUUGGAUUCUACCUCAAAGACAUGGAGCGUCUGAAAGAGAUGCUGCUGGUGUUGUCUCUGUUAAGGAGUCUGCAGCGGCAGGUCCGGGUCAAUGUGCUGCCUUCCCUCUUCCUCAAGAUCCAGAUGCGUGUGGUCUCUGUUCCCUGGUUCUUCAGGGCUUUACUCAGGUCCAAAAUGCUGGCCACUCUACUCAUCAUACGCCAGUUCCUUCAAAAUGUGAAGGAGGUGCUGCAGCCUUACCUGUAUGAGCGUCACAAGCUGGGCGAGCUCUCACUGCGAGCUCUGUGGGACCUGCUGCUCUCAGUGCUGCUGAAAUACGGCCGGCUGGCAGCUGGGAAAGCCCAGGCCUCUCCCACCGAUCAGGUCAUGCCAGGACCUGGACUGAGGGGAACCAGGCCUGGAUUGGGGCAGCUAGAUAGAAGAGAAAAGAAGUGUUUGAACGGAGGAUGCGGGGUGCCUGAUGAGGAGGAGGGAGGUGAGAAGGACGAGGCUGACAGCGGGAGGUUCAGUGAAGGAGAGACGGAGGAGGAAAGUCUGAUUGACUGCGGUUUGAAGCUGAGGAAAGUCAGCUUCAUAGAGAAGGUGGACAGAAGACCAGUUUGCAGUGGGGCCCCCAUUGACACCAGUUUCCUGGAUGACGGGAGCCCCACUAUGAUGGAAAAAGGAAUGGACCCUGCCUCUGUAUUUGAGAUGUGUGACGACGACGACGAUAAUGGCAUCCAUGAUGUGAAGGAGUCAGGUGGGGGAGUGACAGGCGUGGCUGAGGCAAUUAAUGCUGCAGCUGGCGCUGCUGUUGCUGCUGCUGCUGCCGGCGCUGCACCGCUGCCUUCUGGGUCUGAGAGCAGCACAUCACUGCGACACAGAAGAAGAGGCAAGAGCACAGAGAGACUUGAGCCGAAGACAAAAAGGGAAUCAUGGAUUGACCCCCCAGAAGAGAGGGAGAGCACCACGCUCACUCAGGCUGAGAUGGAGAGCUGCAUGCAGACUUAUGCUGACACCUUCCAGGACUACCAGGAGAUGUUUGUCCAGUUUGGCUACGUGGUGCUCUUCUCCUCGGCCUUCCCUCUUGCUGCCAUGUGCGCUCUCAUUAACAACAUCAUUGAGAUCCGCAGUGACGCCUUUAAACUCUGCACCGGUCUGCAGAGGCCCUUUGGAAUCAGAGUGGAGAGCAUCGGCCAGUGGCAGACUGCGAUGGAAGCCAUGGGCCUGAUUGCCAUCAUAGUGAAUUGUUACCUGAUUGGUCAGUGUGGUCAGCUACAGCGACUCUUCCCGUGGCUCAGUCCCGAGAUGGCCAUCAUCUCCAUCGUCAUCCUCGAGCACUUUGCCAUCCUCCUGAAGUACGUCAUCCAUGUGGCCAUCCCUGACAUUCCUACAUGGGUUCGAGAGGAGAUUGCUAAACUGGAUUAUCAGCGCCGGGAGGCCUUUAAGAAGCACGAGCGGCAGGCACAGCAGCAUUACCAGCAGCUGCAGAGGAGGAAAAGGGAGGAGGAGGAGAGGCAGAGGCAGGCGGAGCACAUGGCUCGCAGGGAAAGGGAGCGGGAUGACAGCAAGGGGGACUCCUCUGGGGAUCACCACCACGACAAAAGUCACAGCAGCAAAUCCCGUUCUGGUGGUGGAGGAGGAGGGGGCAGCGGCUCGGACAAACCCAAGAGGCCCAGCUCUCUGUUGGCCAACAAUAACGUGAUGAAGUUGAAACAGAUCAUCCCUCUGCAGAGUAAGUUCUCCUCGAGUGGCGCCCGCUCCCCUCAGUCUCCCACUGGAAGUGAGCCAAAGCUUCCCGGGUUCCUGAGCUUCAAAUUCCUCAAAUCACCUGAGAAUAAGAAGGAGGGUGCUGCGGCUUCUGGGGCUGCCACCACAGCCGCUAACACCACAGCUACAGCAUCAUCAUCAUCAUCAGGUAGCAGCUCUCAGGAGCGUUCUCAGUCACCCAGCAAAGCCUUCAACCCUGGGAAACUGUUUAACUUUGGGAAAUCUGAUGGCGGGACAUGUGUGAACGGGGCUGCGCUGUCCAGACCCGGGGAAGGAUCAUCAUCACAGAUGUCAGACAGACAACCAUCCAGGUCUGACUUGAACGGUGUUCCGGACGAGAUCCCCUCGCCUGGAGGGGAGGGGUCACAGAACGGACAUGCAACAGACUUGGACCCGGCCGGCUCUAAAGUCUAG